AUGCAGUGUAAGACGGAGUUCCCCUCCUCAUCGGUUGUGCGUGUCACCACCAAUGCCAUGGUGAUACUCCCUGGACCACAUUUCGCCGGCGCCACUGUCAUCCGACUCAUCUCGCAGUACCCAUACGCUCGGGAUGUGCAAUUGUGCGUCGGUUCCACUCUCUCCCAUCACCUCGGUCUCCGACACUGCGCCCGUUCACACGCACACAGACUUGUGGACUUGCAUGUACCUUCCAUGUCAGCAACUCGAAAUCGUACAAAUAAGCGCACUGAGGUGAUGCAGGAGAAGGCGAUGCAACGUAGCCCACCCUCACAUCAAGUAGGACGGCUUCAUAAGGGACGAACUCGAUAUGUUGACAACUACAUUUCAGAAGACAGCAACUGGACUCGCAUUGUCGAUGAGGAUAUGGACUGUGGCUUCGCUCGCUAUUUCCUGUUGCACUGA